CAAGGAGGGCCCCCAGAUGCCGUCGGGCCGCGGCAGCGCCGCUGGGCUGGGCGUGUUCGUCGCGGCCUGGGCCAAACUUUGCGAAAUACAUCCGCCUCGAUUUUUUCAAUGCGUUGGACCUCUGGGCCCUUGACUGCCCCGCGGCGCCCCCGGGCUCGGCCUCCUGCUCGGGGGCGUCUACGCCUGCCGGGAGCUGGGGCGGCUGCGCCUGGAGAUCGCCCGGCUCACGGAGGAUCUGCCCGGGCACAAAGGGCUCGCCGCGUGGAGCUGGACCCGAAGACGGGCGUCAGGAAGCUGUCGCUGGUGUGGCUGGACACCAACGAAGACUGGGAGCCACAGUCGGGGCCCAGCCGAUGGUCUUGACAGUGUACGGGCAGGAUGUCUACUUCGACAGCUACCAGAUCAUCUUCGACGCCGACCUCGUGAGGCGCGGCGACCCGCUGCGCGGCCGGGCGCUGACGCUCUUCGCGAGGUCUUUGGCAGCCAGCAGUAUCCUGAUACGGGGGCUCCAAUUCAUGUUCCUGCAGGCGUCCUCGGGAUACAGUCGGAGCAGGAGGCCUCGAUUGUGCCCUCGAGGUACCGUCUGCGCAGGCAAGGGCCGUCAUCCUGGGCCGAAAGGCUCUUGUGGGCGCGGCUGUGGCGUAGUUGCCACAGCGCGGGGGCAGCCAGGAGAUACGGAGUUCGUGCGGCCCAGGGCACAGCAGUGCACAAAGUUCUCCUCCCAGGGCGUGAGUACCGCCUGA